AUGGGACUCCUUAGUGGACCUCUCGCCUCCCUGCUCCUUCUGCUUCAGGUUUUCUGGCUACCAAGCUUGGCCUCCGAGCCCUAUCUGGCGGACUUCGGGGAGGCUGAAGUGACCUUGGAGGUGGGAGGAACUGAUCUGGAGCCCAGCCUAGCGCUGGGGAAAGUAGCAUUGACUGAAAACACUGGAGAUGAGAUGCAUGGUGCAGAGCAUGGAGAAGUCACUGUGUUGAACAGUGGGACAGUCCAGGGAGCGAAGGCUGCAGUGAGCUCCCUGCCUAAACGCAUCUUACGAAGAUACAAGAGAGAGUGGGUGAUGCCCCCAAUAUCAGUCCCUGAGAAUGGCAAGGGUCCUUUCCCUCAGAGGCUGAAUCAGCUCAAAUCUAAUAAGGACAGAGGCACCAAGAUUUUCUACAGCAUCACUGGGCCUGGAGCAGACAGUCCCCCUGAGGGUGUCUUCACUAUAGAGAAGGAGACAGGCUGGUUGCUGUUGACUAUGCCACUGGACAGGGAGAAGAUUGUCAAGUAUGAGCUUUUUGGCCAUGCAGUGUCUGAGAAUGGUGCCUCUGUGGAGGAGCCCAUGAACAUCUCCAUCGUUGUGACAGACCAGAAUGACAACAAGCCCAAGUUCACUCAGGAGACCUUCAGAGGGAGGGUUUCUGAGGGGGAAACACCUGGCACUUCUGUGAUGCAAGUAACGGCCACAGAUGAGGACGAUGCCAUCAACACUUACAAUGGAGUGGUGGCUUACUCUAUCCAUAGUCAAGAACCAAAGGAGCCACAUGACCUCAUGUUCACCAUCCACAAAAGCACUGGGACCAUUAGUGUCAUUUCCAGUGGCCUGGACCGGGAGAAAGUCCCUGAGUACACAUUGACCAUCCAGGCCACAGACAUGGAUGGAGAGGGCUCUACCACCACAGCAGUGGCCAUUGUGGAAAUCCUUGAUGCCAAUGACAAUGCUCCUGAGUUUGAGCCACAAAAGUAUGAGGCCUGGGUGCCUGAGAAUGCAGUGGGCCAUGAGGUGCAGAGUCUAACAGUGACUGAUCUGGAUGCCCCCAACUCACCGGCAUGGCGUGCCACCUAUCGAAUUGUGGGAGGUGAUGAUGGGGACCAUUUUACCAUCACCACUCACCCAGAAACCAACCAAGGCAUCCUGACAACCAAGAAGGGCUUGGAUUUUGAGGCACAGAACCAACACACCCUGUACGUAGAGGUGACCAACGAGGAUCCCUUUGUGGUGAAGCUCCCAACUGCCACUGCUACUAUAGUGGUCCAUGUGGAAGAUGUCAAUGAGGCCCCUGUGUUUGUCCCACCUUCCAAAGUCAUUGAGGCCCAGGAGGGUAUCUCUAUUGGAGAAUUGGUCUGUGUCUAUACUGCACAGGACCCAGACAAGGAGGAGCAGAAGAUCAGCUAUCACAUCUUGAGGGACCCAGCUGGCUGGCUAGCCAUGGACCCAGACAGUGGCCAGGUCACAGCUGCAGGCAUCUUAGAUCGUGAAGAUGAGCGGUUUGUGAAGAACAACAUCUAUGAAGUCAUGGUUUUGGCCACAGACAAUGGGAACCCGCCCACCACUGGUACUGGGACCCUCCUGCUAACACUUACCGACAUCAACGACCAUGGUCCACUCCCAGAACCCCGCCAGAUCACCAUCUGUAACCAAAGCCCUGUGCCUCAAGUACUGAACAUCACGGACAAGGACCUGUCCCCCAACUCCUCCCCUUUCCAGGCCCAGCUAACACAUGAUUCGGACAUCUACUGGAGAGCAGAAGUCAGCGAGAAAGGAGACACGGUGGCUUUGUCCCUGAAGAAGUUCCUGAAGCAAGACACAUAUGAUUUGCACCUUUCUCUGUCUGACCAUGGCAACAGGGAACAGCUAACCAUGAUCAGGGCCAAAGUGUGUGACUGCCAUGGCCACGUGGUGAACUGCCCCGACCCCUGGAAGGGUGGUUUCAUCCUCCCCAUCCUGGGUGCUGUCCUGGCUCUGCUGACCCUUCUGCUGGCGCUCCUCUUGUUGGUGAGAAAGAAGAGAAAGGUCAAAGAGCCCCUUCUGCUCCCAGAGGAUGAUACCCGAGACAAUGUCUUCUAUUAUGGUGAAGAGGGUGGUGGUGAAGAGGACCAGGACUAUGAUAUCACCCAACUCCACCGGGGGCUAGAGGCCAGGCCUGAGGUGGUUCUCCGCAAUGAUGUGGCACCAACCUUCAUCCCCACACCCAUGUACCGUCCCCGGCCAGCCAACCCAGAUGAAAUUGGCAACUUCAUCAUCGAGAACCUGAAGGCUGCUAACACGGACCCUACGGCCCCGCCCUACGACUCCCUGCUAGUGUUUGACUAUGAGGGCAGCGGCUCAGAUGCUGCCUCCCUGAGCUCCCUCACUUCCUCCGCCUCCGACCAGGACCAGGACUACAACUACCUUAAUGAAUGGGGAAAUCGAUUCAAGAAACUGGCUGACAUGUAUGGUGGUGGUGAGGAUGACUAG